AUGCCAAGUUUCCACUAUUACUGUCCUCAAAGUCAGAAUUUGUAUCGCUAUUUCUUCGCAACCUGCAUCGGACUCAUUAUCAUGCCGGUGUCAAGCUGCGUUCACUGUUUCCGGUAUAAACCAGUGCUGAUGAGCCAGAUAAUGGGCAAUUUGCCCGCCGAUAGAGUCCGAAUGGAGCGCCCCUUUCUAGUUUGCGGAGUAAAUUUUUGUGGUCCAUUUUAUGUGUCCUUAAAGGUCCGCGGUAGACAUCCUAUCAAAACUUAUGUGGCCGUUUUUGUGUGCUUUUCGUCAAAGGCUGUUCACCUUGAACUUCUUGUGGACCUAUCCACUGACAGCUUCUUAUCCGUAUUUAAAAGGAGCGUGCAGCGUGCUGAAGGAGCUGAGCGAAGCGUUUCACCGCAGUCGGGACGAGCUCAGCGGAUACGCAGCUCAGAGAGGCGUCGAGUGGUGUUUCAUGUGGUAACCUCACACUUCGGAGGACUUUGGGAAGCAGCCGUCAAGUCCGCCAAAACCCGGUUGCUGCGAGGAGUCGGCAACGCCAAGCUCACAACGGACGAGUUGAGCACCCACCUGGUCGAGGUAGAGGCGCUGCUCAAUUCGCGUCCAAUCGCGUCGCCGGGCAACGAUCCCAACGAUGGAGAGGUCCUAACACCAGGACACCUACUAAUCGGGCAGCCUCUCAUCACUCUGCCACAAGAAUCCGGCUCAGGAGGAGUUUGCAGCAAGGCCAGUUGCGCGUAUUUGAAGCGGUGGCGAAUUCUGUCCGCUCUCAAGCAGCAGUUUUGGGACGGCUGGUCUCAGGACUACAUCGCCAGCCUGCAGCAGCGCAACAAAUGGAGCGUCAGAUGCCGCGAUCUGGAGGUCGGUUGCCUAGUGGUCGUCCACAAGGACAACGUACCCCCGCAGCGUUGGCUAACAGGCCGCGUGGUGGCAACAACAGCAGGCGAGGACGGUAGAGUGCGUGUGGCGGAAGUGCGGACGUCAGGAGGCGUCAUCAAGCGCGCCGUCCACAAGCUGGCAUUACUGCCAGUGCAUACUGCUCCUGUUGAGGAGGUCAAAGAGCCGGAGGUCUUUAACGGGGCCGGAAUGUUGGAGCAGUAG